AGGAAAUGGUGAGAGCACCCAGAUGACCUCAGGGAGUUCAAGGCAUUAGGCUAGGAUGAAUUACAUCCUGAGAUACCAAAAGAGCUUGCAAAUGAGAUUGCUGAACCACCUUUAGUGAUCUUUUAAAAAUCAAAGAGAAAGGGAGAGAGGUUUAGCAGGAAUAAUGAUGGGCAUGCAUUGUCCUGGAUUCCCAAAGGAAGGAAAAGUUGUAGUCUUUAAAGUUGGCUAGUAGGCUUGACUUUGGCUCCUGGCAACAAUCUAGAACACAUUAUUAUUAAAGAGAUUGUUUGCAAACAUUCAGAAAUGGAAGCAGUGAUCAGUGGCAGCAUAGGCUCAUCCAGAAUGAGGUUUGCCAAAGGUUGAGGAAGGUGGGGUUUGAGCUUGAGGUCUGGGGCUGUUGGAAGAUUGGCCAACUGAGGCGGGAGCAGGGCUCCAUGUUUGCCUUUGCCGCUCUGACCCUGGUUCUGCUGGGUGGACCUGGGAUCACUGCCCUGGACAAUGGAUUAGCUCUGACCCCCACUAUGGGCUGGCUGCCCUGGGAGCGCUUCACAUGCAAUGUGAACUGCAUCCAGGACCCAGAGAACUGCAUUAGUGAACAACUCUUUAUGCAGAUGGCUGAUCUCAUGGUAUCAGAAGGCUGGAAGGAUGCGGGCUAUGAGUACGUCUGCAUCGAUGACUGUUGGUUGGCCUCCAAACGAAAUAAAGAUGGUACACUCAAGGCAGACCCCAAACGCUUCCCGAGUGGAAUUCGGCAUUUGGCAAAUUAUGUACACUCCAGGGGGCUGAAGUUGGGCAUUUAUCAAGAUGUAGGAACUCUCACCUGCGCUGGAUACCCAGGAAGCUUUGGCUACUACGAUAUUGAUGCCCAAACCUUUGCCGAUUGGGGAGUGGACCUGCUCAAGUUUGAUGGAUGUUACUAUAAAGACAUAGAAAGUUUGGUAGAGGGCUACAAGCACAUGUCCAUCGCCCUCAACAAAACUGGCAGAAGUAUUCUAUAUUCCUGUGAGUGGCCUCUAUAUACGAGACCCUUCCAGGAGCCCAAUUACACAGAAAUUCGACAGUAUUGCAACCACUGGAGGAACUAUGUCGAUAUCUUGGACUCUUGGAGAAGCGUGAAGAGUAUUCUGGCCUGGACCGCGUCUAAACAGGACAGCCUUGUUCCUGCCGCUGGACCGGGGGGUUGGAACGAUCCCGACAUGCUAGUGAUCGGCAACUUUGGACUCAGCUGGGAUCAACAAGUGACUCAGAUGGCCCUGUGGGCUAUCAUGGCGGCCCCACUCUUCAUGUCCAAUGACCUACGCCACAUCAGCUGCCGAUCCAAGGCUCUGCUCCAGAAUAAAGAUGUCAUUGCAAUCAACCAGGAUCCUUUGGGCAAGCAGGGCUACCUGCUCAGGAAGGACAAGAACUUCGAAGUGUGGGAACGACCCCUGUCGAAUUUAGCCUGGGCCGUGGCUGUGCUAAACCAGAAAGAGAUCGGGGGGCCUCAGAAUUAUGCCUUUUCCACUUCUGCUCUGGGCCAGGGAGUAGGCUGUGCCCCUGCUUGCUUUAUCACCCAGAUCCUCCCUGUUAAAGAAGAGCUGGGACUUUAUACAUGGGUAUCUCUGUUGAAGGUUCAGGUAAACCCCACAGGUACUGUCCUGUUGAAGCUACAGGCUUACCAGCAACACGAAUAUUCCAGCCAUACCACCCGGGCUGACUUUGUUUCCAGUAAUACCACCAAUGACUACCAUGACUACAAUUACAACAAUGCUACCUCUGAUGACAUCAUUUCCAUUAUAACUGUCUUAGAUCCCUUAUAAUUUAUAACAAUUGGUAAACAUUCUAAGCCCGUGCAUUCUGGAUUUCUACCUUUUUGGUAACACAAUUAAGUAUGGACCCCUUCUGCCUGCUGCUGGGAUUAAACUAUUUCUUUAAAAAAAAA